GCACAACMAUUCUCUGGCACYGAGGAUCCUGAGGCAGGAUCCCUCMCCUACUGACAGACCCUAGAACAAGUGGGCACAGCCAGGAGGGGGCCCCUGGGGUGCAUCUCACACCCUUCCCCAGACACAGAAGCAGGCACUGGGCAGCACUCGGUCCUGGUGUGCUUUGGGCUGGGUCUCACACAAGGCUGCAUUCGUCUGGGACUGGGCAACUGGGYGGGGACAGAGCCAGCACUGUCACUUAACCUGGGCAUAAGCUGCUCUUGUGUAACCUGCGGCAUAAAGCUGGAGUGGGCAGGAGUGCUGCAAGCAGUGAGGGCUGUGAAAGUGGGUGCAGCCUCUCCUGCCCACCUCCACCCUGGGACAAGGAUGACAGCAGCACUGCCCAGCCUGGUGCUGGCCCUGCUCUGCCUGCUGUGGGCUGGGGCCCAGGUCCUCAUGCUGCUGGACUUGGGCACCGAGAAGAUAACAGCACAGAAUGUGACCUGGCACAUCCUGCCUGGGGUGGAGGGGCUGCCUGGGGCAGAGGGCCUGUGCUGCACCCCCAGGUACCGGCCAGACCCAUCCCUGAGCCAUCUCCAGGAGAGCCUGUGCAGAGYGGUGGGGAUGUGGCAUGUCACAGCCACCACUUCCAACUGCUCCAUCUUCUGGAAGAGGAAGGAUGGGAUGAAGUCAUCCCUGGCCAUCAUCAGCUUCACGUCAGAGGGGGACCUGGCCAUGAAGCUGGUCUGGCCUCUGCUGGGCAAAUGCCAAAAGUUUGAGCUGCUCUUCCAGCAGAGUGGGCAGACAGGGCACCACAUAGGUGUGUGUGGGCAGGAGACUUGGAGCCAUGAGUACCCUGAAACAGGCAACCCUGGGCAUCCCCAGUGCCCUGUGCCUGGAGAGCAGAGGGAGGUGGGCUUGGCCCCUCUGCCUCUGCAGCUCAGUGAGAGGUUGUGGGCGGGUGGGCACCUGGCUCUUCCACAUCACACACUCACACUCACACACAUUCCACACCACACCCCUCCUCAUAUCCCCCUCAAGCUGAACCAGAGCCCCCCCACACCCUUCCCUGGGGUCCAGCAGCUGCCMCGCAGCAGUUGCACCUCCAGUGUGGGGCUGACUGCCGGGAUUCCUUGCACUCACCAGCCCCCACUUUGGCUGUGUGAGAAGGGCAUGAGCCCCCAGCUCCUGCAGAAGUUCAUGGAGCUCAUCCCCCCCAUGGGCCUGACUGAGGACAUGCUGGCCAAGCUGCCCAAGUCAGAUCAAUGCACCAGGGCCAUCAGGUGAUUGUAGCUGGAGGAAGAUGUGAYUCCCUUCCAGCAUGGCCUGGGCUGAGCAGCCCCUCAGGAAUCCCCUGCCUACCUCRGGGCGCUAYGUUGUYGCAGAAGG